GGAGCAGGGGCUGGGCUGCUAUUGUACAUUAGGCUUGUCACUCACACAGCUACAACAACUUCCUGUGGGAGAAUAGAAGGACACGCCCAUCCCUCGUUUCAGCCCACACUCUGACUGAGGAGAGGGGGAAUCUCUGUGCUGCGCAAUAAGAAGAGGACUGUGUGACUGGGAUCCAAAGAACCCACGUGGAUGAUUGAGACUCCGAGAUCAACCUUUUUUUAGCCCGCUUCUGUAAAGGAGGAGAAAAAGCUUAACAUGCCAAUGGGCUUACUGUGUCUUUAUGGCAGUUCUGAGUGUGUCUAACGUUGCUUGCUUACAGUAUGAAUUAUAUUUUUUGAAAAAAAUCUGAUGAAUAUAAAAGAAGAUUCCCCUCCUCUGAUAUUUACAGAGUGCCGUGAAAAUGCCAAAUUGCAUAGUGAGAGGUUGUCGCCAUAAAAGCGGACAGAAGGUCCUGUAUCCGGAUGUCGUCCUUCACUCUUUUCCAAAUAAUAUACAUAUGAUAAAGAACUGGUUGUUACAGACUGGUCAGGUUUUUGGGGAUAUUGAUGCCUUUGCAGAAAAAGUUCUAAAAGGAAAUAAAACAUCCAGCUUCCGAAUGUGCUCAAGUCACUUUGCAAGAGAUUGCUAUAUGGCUAAGGGCUCCAAAAUCACCUUAAAACCAAAUGCUGUUCCAACCAUCUUUGAUACAUUGCCACCAGCUGCUGCUGUUCCUAGUCUGAUGUCAUUGCCAACAGCUAAGAGACGGAGAGUAGAAGAUGAAGUACCAUCGACUUCUGUCACUAUUGUACGUAUAAUUUCAAAACUUGUCACAGUACAAACACAAACGGAUGAUAGAAUUCUCAAAAAUGACUAUUGGGUCAAGAGACACAACUGGCCAGUAACUGUAAGUGUUGGUACACAGACCGAUACUCCAGCAGAGACAGAUGAUAUAGAAAAUGAAACUAGUUCUCAAGAGGUAACAGUUUGGCAUGCUGAUAAAGACAACUUGUAUCCAGUAUAUGAUGCACCGAUGAAAAGUAGCAUGAAAACAUCAGCCAAACAAACCACCAUAAAGCUGGCCAAACAGGAGCAAGCAGGUGAUACUCUUGAAUCUAUUGAAAAUCUAGAAGACCCGUUGGAUGCAUCAUUUGGUCUUUGUCCGGGUAGGCCAUUUCAGGAGUCUGGUGCUUUAAAUAAAGUUGCAGAACAAGGACACUUGGUAAGACAGAAAAAAUUUAUCGUGUUUGAAGACUCCUUGAAUAGUCUACUUGCUCUGGUUCGCUGCCAGCACUCCCAAUUGCCACCAUGUCAAGCACCAGUUAGUCACAUUGAAAAAAAAGUAGAUGGAGGCUUGCUAACUGUGCAUUUAACUUGCCUAAAUGGCCACAAGUCACUAGUCUGGAAUACCCAACCGGUGUUUGGAAAUGUAUCCGCUGGCAAUGUUUUAAUGGCGUCUAGAAUUUUACUCAGUGGUUCUUCAUUUGAUAAAGCUCUACAGAUGUUUAAAGGUUUUGGAAUACCAACAAUCUCACCUAAGACAUACCAUAAAUAUCAAAAAGUGUAUCUUUUCCCAGCAGUGGACUAUCAGUGGAAGCUUGAAGAGAGCAAAAUAAAAAAGGAAUUGGCAGGAAAACCAGUUGCACUAGCAGCAGGCAGGCAGGUCAUCGAUCUUGGGCAUUCCAAUAAAUACUGCGUGUAUUCCAUGAUGGAUGUGAUGUCUAAAAAAAUUGUCUCUUUCAAAAUGAAACCCUUUGGUCCAGAGACCACAUUAGAGGAAACUGAGAAACUGACCUUCCAAAACUGCGUCGAUCAACUAAUUAGUGAUAAACUGGAUAUCAAGAUAAUUGCUACAGAUCAGCACACUGGAAUUAGAAAACUAAUGGAGAUAAAAUAUCCACAUAUUGAACACCAGUUGGAUGUUUGGCAGCUUUGCAAAAGUCUUGCUCAAAAACUAGAGGAGGCAAGCAAGAAAAAGAAAUGCAGUACCAUAGCCAGUUGGCUUUGUGCCAUCACAAAACAUCUCUGGUGGUCUGCCCAAACUUGCAAACAAAAUGUUGAUCUUUUCAUUGAGAAAUGGAAGUCGGUUCUCUUCCAUGUUGCAAAUGUGCACAGUUUUCAGUCGUUCAAAUUUUACAAAAAAUGCCAGCACAAAAGCAUUUCGGAUACGGAGAAACAGAACACAAACUGGAUUCCUUUAAAUCAUCCUGCUCAUGCAGCCCUGGCCGAAAUAAUCAACGAUCCUUUUCUCUUGGAUGAUAUUGCAAAGGCGGAAAAAUUCUGUCACACCAGAGAUUUGGAGGCUUUUUACUGCAAAAUUGAGAAAUUCCAGUCAGAACAUUUUUCCCUCGUUACUGAUGAACUAUAUGUGCGCACUGCUCUGGCUGCUUUAUCAUACAAUCGGAAUGGAACCAGAGAACCACAAUCAAUGUGGCCAUUGAAAGCACCAUUGAACGUUGGAGAAAACUUUCUCAAAUUUUUUUCCCCUACGGAAAGAAGAGACCUGGUUCUCGAUGCCAUAUAUGAAGACAGUGUAGAAAGUGACUUUUCAGAUAUAAUGUCACAAAUAAUGAAAAUGUUGUUAAGUGAACUAGAACAUAAAGGGAAGUAAAUGCUGACCUGCUACACAGCAAAGCUAAAUGUUCUUAUUUGGUGGAAACCAGAGAUCCGACAUGUUAGGUCAUUGUUUACUACAUAAGGAUACAAAGUACAUUUUGGACUGAUUUUGAAAAUACAUUUUGUGAAUUCAAAAAAUUGCAUAUAGAUUUGUUUUAGUUUGUUUUUUAUUUUUUUAUUACAAUAUGUGUCGUUAAAAUGACAACAAAACUUUCUAAUAAAAAUUCAUCUGUGAAAUAUUUUCAAACA